AUGUUAUUUCUAUCAAUCUAUGUUGACUCAACAAUAAAUAACGUACGAUGUGGUACUAAUGAAAAAUAUAUGUGUGGAUCAAGUUUUAUUGAAACAUGUGAUUAUAAACCUAAAAUUUAUACGAUGGUUUGUCAAUAUGGUUGCUUUUGCAAGUCUGGAUAUGUGCGUCGAUCUAACGAAAGUAGAAGUCCUUGUAUUAUGCUUAAGAAUUGUCCGACAAAAGAAAACAGUCCAAAAUGUAGAAUAAAUGAAGAAUAUCAACAAUGUGGUUCAGCAUGUCCACCUACAUGUUAUGAUUUUUCAUAUCCACUUCCAAAAGAAUCUCAAGCAUGCAUAGCAAUGUGCAAACCUGGUUGUUUUUGUAAACAAGGUUAUUAUCGUGCCAAGAAUAAUGAAUGUGUUAGACCAGAAAAAUGUUGCACAGGUGAUAAUGAACAAUAUACAGAUUGUGGUUCAGCUUGUGUUGAAACUUGUAAUUAUGUACCACAAUUCUGUACUGACCAAUGUGUUCGCGGUUGUUUUUGUCAGUCUACUGAUUGUGUUCGUAAAGAUAACAGCACUGGUAGUUCUUGCAUUAAACGCGAUCAAUGUCCAAAAUGA